AGGUUGCGAUGGAGACAAGAUGAAACUGACGGGUUGUUUUUCGGAGGAAAGUGCCUCUGGGGUGUCCUUACCUGGCGGCUUCCAGGGUUGUAUCAUUAUCAGAAUCGUAUAUUUGAGGAAAAAGGAGGAGUGUAUUACAAUUUUGUCGAUGCCCGAGGAUUAUGGACCCAAACAAUAACGACCGGCGGCGUAACGGGUUGGAUAACUGCCUGUACACUUCUUGUUCUUUGUGGUCUUCUCUUUAUUUACUAUAGCUAACACGCCUUCAACGCAUUCAUUGUGGACAUUUUUUCUUCUUCUCAAAAAUGUUGAAUUUAGCGCUCUCUCGACGUGAAGGAUAUUCGUGGCACGUCAUGUUUUGCUGUUGGACAUGAAGGUGUAAGAAGCACAAAUCUGCGGACGCCGUUUCGCAGACACUAUGAUACAAUAUUUUGACAAAACCCUCAUUUUUUGUGUUACGCUCUAUUGCGCAUGCCUAGUGGUAGAUACAGAACGCUACCCGACGCCACUUCGCUCCGUCCUGGCCGUGAUGUAGGAGCAAAAGUGACGGGAGCGGAGGACUAAAAUAAUGCGUUGGCAAAGUAGCAGCGCGGCGACCAAAGGAUUUGACUUUAGAUCCUUCACGAAAUAGAUUGUGCCAUAAACUGAAGCAUGUCAGGGACACCAAAUGCAGAGGCUGAAGGAGUAGUCUCCAAAGUGAAAGUGAAAAAGGAGAUCAAGACAAUCGUGGAGAAUUUGGAAACCAUCCUGGGAGACCUCAAGGAUGUAGCCAAAGAGCUCAAAGAGGUGGUUCAUGAUAUUGACACCCUGACUUGUGACCUGCAACUUGAGGAGGACGGACUGACAGACAGCUCUAAGACAGACACGCUCAACUCCAGCUCGAGUUCCACCACCACUACCACUGCUUCCAGCCUGGAGAAGAUGAAGCUCUUCCCCGAUGACUGCAUCUUCAAACCACCUGCGCCCAUCGCCCCGGCCCCUGUCAACCCUCCUGCAGUCCUGACUGUACUCAAGAAACCCCACCCUCCCCUACCACCACCCAGACUUACCCCGCCGAGAGCCGAGGAUCACAACAUUAAGAAUCUGCCUCAUCCAACAUUAGUGUUAUCAGGGAAUAUAUCCAAGGCUACCGGGUCUCUAAUGAGGAAUGGCGGGGUUUUUCCUUUAAAACCAAACAGGGAUUUAUUCUCCUCUACGCCGUGUUUCAUUUCUAAUGACGGCGGAAUCCCUGAGUCGGGUCUUGUUCCUACAUUACCCAGACCCAUGCCUCUUCUCCGCCAUGAAAAGAACAAAUGUCCCAAGGCUCCUGGCAGGGAGUCUCGUGAGAGGGAGCGUGUCCGUUUCAGCGAGAAGGUCCAGUACCACGGCUAUUGCCCAGAUUGUGACCUCCAAUACAAUGUAGACGACACAGAACUACACUUACAGGCGGAGCUGAACGACUUGAGGCUGAGCCCAGUGCAUUGCUGCUCUUCCUCCUCCUCCCCUCCUCCUCCCCAUGCUCUUCCUCAUGAACUAAUGUUGGAAAACGGUGGCCUCUCAGUCAGCCACAGUUUCCCGCCGACAGCGAACACUCUUCCACCUUGUGUGCCUCAUCACCCGCCUUCCCUCAAGCCCCAGAAAACAAUCCUACGCAAAUCAACAACUACCACGGUUUGACGCCGAAACCCCCUUGUUCUGUCCAACUUAAACAUUCUUGAAUCAUUCAUAGUGUUUUCUACUUUAUGAGCGCUUUCUACUCCGGUUGAACUUUGGAUUAUCCAAACAGAGGGAGGAAGGGUUGGGAGAGAAAUGGAUGGAUAAAGUGAGUGGAACAGAGAGAAAGGCAUCGCCAUGGGCGCUGCGACAUACACAGAGAGAUCAGGAAGAAGCGGGCCCAUUGAGAUGCUUGAGAUACAAGUGGAAGGGAUGCUUGUUUCAUGCACUGAUCGACCCUGGUUGAUCAGGGAGGGGAGGAGCCAGAGCUGAGGCCCAGCAUCAACCUAACCCUUUACAUAAAGUGCUAAUGGCUCUCAACCACCAGGAGACGAGAUCAUCUGGACAAAUUCCUACUUGGACUUUUGAGCACUUAACAACCCCCAGGCACAGCUGUGCCAGGGCAAUGUUACUGUGAAAGUGGGGGAAGAGAAACUUAAGAAAGUGCAUACAGAGAGAUGACCUUAUACAGUAGUUGUGGAGGUGAUAUUUUUUGUUACAUAGAAAUAGUUGAAUUAAAGAUUAGAAUGCUGCUGAAACCCUAUCAUCAAAAGUAAAGAGGCAAGUUUAAAUGAAGAAGUACAAGAUGGGGUGAAAUGAUGUCAGCCAGUAUUUGAUUGAUGUCUACACAGACGUCUGCUCUGUGCAUACUCAGAUGGAAAUCAAUAGCUCCACUCAACCGAUGGAAUUUGCCUUUUAAGAAUUGUAAUUGUUUGUGUCUGGAGAGCCUGGCAGGUCUGCCUGUGAGCAAAACGCUGCUCUGCUGGACUGCAGAUAAGGAGAAAAUAAUAUUGUGUCAGUAUGUACCAUAUGCACAAUCACAUUGUUUGUUUGUUUUUGUUUUUUUGGAAAGACUAAUGAUUUGAAAUGAAUGAUGUGGUCACUGAUCUGUGUCCAGACAUUAUGUUCCUUGUACAUCAAAAUCUAUGUGCUCAACUGGUGCCAUGCAAGCUGUUUUUUGUUUGUUUUUUCAUACUAACAUACAGAGUAAAGUGGCAUAGUUACAGCUUUAAAGGAUCCUUGAAGAAGUAAUAAUUUGCAUCAAAUUUUCUUUGUAUACAAAUAUACAUGUACAUGUUUGAUAUCUAUAUAUUUCAGGCAUUUUUCUACAGAGACUUUAACAUUUAAAGAGAUGAUAUUUUUGAUAUUGUGCUGGAUGACUGAGAGGUACUUUGACGAGAGCUGACAUUCCCUCGAGGUGUGUGUUUUUCAGCAGGGCAUAGCAGGAUGAGUAAUUUAUAUAUAUAGCAACAGGAUAGUGUUUGUAUGUAUGAACUACAAAUUCUCCAGUAUGAUCACUUCAAGACACCUUACAGAAUAGGUUGUAUUGUGAGAAAGAAAAUAUAAGGUGGAGAAGAAAAAAUGGCGUAAACCAAAUACCUAGUUGUGCUUUAUCAGACGGGAGGCAUGGGGCUGAAUGAAUGCAUGACUGACUCUUCACUUUGUCCUGCCAUCACUGUGUUUUUCUAUGCAUUUCUGUGGAGAGGCUGUCUGUUGGUGGGUACAACAUGCAGGGUGCUCUGCUCUCCAUAAUACAGAGUUAGGAAGGAUUCGCUGUCAUCCUCAUAUGAUGUCCAUCAGGUUAUUUCUGCAGCCACUAUAAACCUGACCAGUGUCCUGGGUUUUAUCACAUUGCUUAGGCCAAUCACUCAUUGAUCAUUAAAUAAUAAUAAUAAUAAUAAUGUUUAGUUAAAUACAGUACUGUGCAAAUGUUUUAGGCAGGCGUGGUAAAUAUGCUGUAGAGUGUACAAACAGAAGAAAAAUCUUAAUCAAAUCAGUAUUGCAGACAUUACAAUGUGCUUUACAAGGACAAAAUGAAAAGUAAAGAAACUGGGAAUUUACUGUGUGUGUGUGUGUGUGUGUGUGUGUGUGUGUGUGUGUGUGUGUGUGUGUGUGUGUGUGUGUGUACACAUUUUCAUAGGUCAUUUUGGAUCAAUAAAAGGGUGACAAACAUAUGCCGGAAAGUAACAAACAUUAUUUGAUACACACAGCCUCUCUCUCUCCACAUUCAGACUGGAGACACCACACUUGUAAACUCCAGCUCUUUGUUCUCACUGGACACAGAGACUGAAAUCAUGACCAAACUCUGGAUCAAUCAAGAAUCAGAUUUAAAGGUGAUUGGAUUGUCUCAAAAAGCUGUCAGCUGUAUUUUGUUGUGUGUCCACAAACGGGUUGGAAAAUAACUUGUGAGAAGUAAACACUUUACACUUAA